AUGGACCAAGAUCGAUAUCCUCCGACGAAGCGACGUCGGACCUCCAGCGCCGAUUCGUCCUCAUCUCGCCGGUCGCACCGUCAAGCUCUGCGGCAUACAGACUCGGUACGUUCACGAGAGAACUCCAACUCCAGAAAAAGAGAAAGACGAUACUCUAGCUCCCGAAGCCGAGAUGGGAGUCGCGACAUGUCGCCUCGCAGUCGACGUUCACGAAGCCGAUCUGCAAGACCCCGAACCAGCCGCAGCCCAACAGGCAGUUCCGCAUACGAUUCGGCACGAGAACACCCCGACGGACACAGACGCUCGUCGAGGUCCCCCAGAUCCCGCUCACGUCGCCGUCGGUCAUAUUCGUCGUCCUCCCGCGAACGCUCGUACUCUCCACGCUCCGCGUCUCCCCCUGCCCGGCGCAGCGAAGACCAACCAAAGUCGAAGCCUGUAACUUUCUCCCCGCUUCUGACGAUUCCACGAGCACACGCCCGAGGCAUUACGUCGAUGAGAUUCUCACCAGACAUGGCACUCUUGGCCACCGCUUCCGCCGACAGUGCGAUCCACGUCUACUCUGUCCCUGCGAACCCGACGCCCGAUACGCCCUUCAAACACCUGCGCACCCUGCGUGCCCAUCUCGCGGGGGUCAAUGCGAUCGCCUGGUCGCCCGUAGGUCCGCACUACACACUUGCCUCGGCCAGUGACGACAAGAGCAUCCUGCUGUGGUCGCCGUUGAGCUCGGACUCUCCGAUAUCGCCUUCGCCCUUGCUCGGACACAGCAACUACGUUUACAGUCUGGCGUUCAGCCCGAAGGGUAACAUGCUGGUGAGCGGGAGCUACGACGAGGCCGUGUUCUUGUGGGAUGUGCGCGCCGGACGAGUCAUGAGGAAGUUGCCGGCGCAUUCGGACCCGGUACGCGGCGUCGAUUUUCUCCGCGACGGCACGAUGGUGUGCAGUUGCAGCUCCGAUGGGCUGAUUCGGAUCUGGGACGCGAGCACGGGCCAGUGUCUCAAGACGCUCGUCGACGAAGACAGGAAGAGCGUGUCGAGCGUGCGGUUCACGCCCAACGGCCGGUUCUUGCUGGCGUGGACCCUCGACAGCUGCGUGAGGCUGUGGAGGUACAGCGAGGGAACGUGUGUCAAGACGUACCAGGGCCACGUCAAUGCCGAGUACACUCUGGGCGGGGUGGUUGGGGGUUACAGAACCGCGGGCAUGAACGGGUGGGAAGAAGAAGCGUUCGUGGCCAGUGGGAGUGAAGACGGAGAAAUCGUCGUUUGGGCAGUCAGUAGUAAAGAGGUGCUCUGGAGGGGCAAGGCGCAUAGAGACGUCGUGCUCUGUAUGGAUUGGGGAAGGACCAAGGCCGGGAAAGGGUUGUUGGUCAGUGGUGGGAAGGAUAGGGAUGUCAAGGUGUGGACUCUCCAGGAGGACGACCUACGUCGGGAUGAAGGCCAUAAGACGAGAGGGGAUGACGAGAUGGAUCCGAAUAUGGGUAUCGAGAUGGAUGGCGAUGGUGAUGGUGUGAGAGAUGGUAUGAAUGGAGUUGACGACGAUGAUACGAGAAUGGUAGAUACGUGA